GCACCGUGCGAACGCAUAGAGGUCAAAAGCCCGUAUAAAAUAAAAUAUUACAAAAGGAGUCCAAGACUCUAAGCAGUCGGCGCUCCCUAUUUAUAGUACCUGCAAAUCCCACCAAAACGAUGGCCAAACCUUCCCAGAAGAACCACAACCCAAAGCACUCCCACCACCGCUGACGCCCUCCUCCUUCUCUCUCCUCCAUCCCUCUCUUGAAAUUCCAAUCAACCAAUGGAGAGCAAUAGCAGUACCAGAGGAGUCUUUAGCGUCUCAAUGUGCGGCCAAGAGCAGAUUGAGCUCUCCAGAGACGGCAGCCACUACAGUCUCUCAACUGGGAUUUUGCCUUCCCUCGGUGCAAGGUCGAGCAACCGACGUGUGAAACUCGGCAGGUUCAUUGUCUCGCCGUACGACCGCCGCUACAGGAUAUGGGAGACCUUUCUUGUUGUUCUGGUCAUCUAUACUGCUUGGGUGUCACCGUUCGAGUUUGGUUUCCUUAAAGGACCAGGAGGACCGCUCUCCAUUACUGAUAAUGUUGUCAAUGGUUUCUUUGCUAUUGAUAUCAUUCUCACAUUCUUUUUGGCUUACCUGGACAAGACCACAUAUUUACUUGUUGACGAUCGAAAAAAGAUUGGUUGGAAGUAUGCAAGAUCCUGGUUGAUUUUCGAUGUCAUAUCCACAAUCCCAUCUGAACUUGCUACGAGGAUCUUUCCUAAAUCUGUGCAGUCUUAUGGCUUUUUCAACAUGCUUCGUCUUUGGCGUCUACGAAGAGUUAGUGCCCUAUUUUCCAGAUUGGAGAAAGAUAGGAAUUAUAAUUACUUUUGGGUUCGCUGUGCAAAACUUAUUUGUGUCACUCUUUUUGCCAUCCAUUGUGCUGGAUGCUUCUAUUACCUUAUAGCUGCACGCAAUCAUGACCCUGCAAAAACAUGGAUGGGAGUAGAAAUCCUAGGACAAAGCCUGUGGAUUCGGUAUGUGACUGCAGUUUAUUGGUCUAUCACAACGCUAACAACAGUUGGAUAUGGAGACCUGCAUCCAGUCAAUGCACGGGAGAUGAUCUUUGACAUAUUCUACAUGUUCUUCAACCUGGGAUUGACAUCAUACUUAAUUGGAAAUAUGACCAACUUGGUUGUGCACGGGACCAGUCGAACUAGAAAAUUUAGGGAUACCAUACAAGCUGCCUCCAGUUUUGCGCAGAGGAACCAACUGCCUCUACGCCUGCAGGAUCAGAUGCUUGCACACUUGUGUCUGAAGUUCAGAACGGAUUCUGAAGGACUGCAGCAACAAGAGACCCUUGAUUCCCUUCCUAAAGCCAUCCGCUCGAGUAUUUCACAUUAUCUGUUUUACUCUCUUGUAGAUAAGGUGUACUUGUUUCAUGGGGUUUCAAAUGACUUGCUCUUUCAGUUGGUCUCGGAGAUGAAGGCCGAGUAUUUUCCUCCCAAAGAAGAUGUAAUCUUGCAGAACGAAGCACCCACAGAUUUCUACGUACUUGUCACUGGUGCUGCGGAUUUAGUGGUUCUCAAAAAUGGAGUUGAACAGGUCAUUGGUGAGGCAAAAUCUGGUGAUCUUAUUGGUGAGAUCGGGGUACUUUGUUACAGACCACAGCUCUUUUCAGUUAGAACCAAAAGAUUGAGUCAGCUUCUACGGCUGAAUCGUACUACAUUCUUAAACAUAGUUCAAGCUAAUGUUGGAGAUGGGACUGUGAUCAUGAAUAAUCUCCUGCAGCAUUUGAAGGACCUCAAGGACCCAAUCAUGGAAGGCGUUCUGUUGGAGACGGAGAACAUGCUAGCUCGGGGUAGAAUGGACCUACCUCUCAGUCUAUGCUUUGCAGCAAUCAGAGGAGACGAGUUGUUGUUAAAUCAGUUGCUGAAACGAGGUCUGGAUCCAAAUGAAUCGGAUAAUAACGGGAGGUCUGCUCUGCAUAUAGCAUCAUCGAAAGGAAGCGAAAACUGCGUUCUUCUUCUGCUAGACUACGGGGCGGAUCCUAACAGCAGAGACUCAGAUGGGAAUGUACCACUGUGGGAGGCAAUACUGAAUGGUCAUGAGCAAAUUGCCAAGCUGCUGUUAGAAAAUGGUGCAAAUUUGAACUCAGGGGAUGUUGGUCAAUUUGCUUGCACUGCUGCUGAGCAAACCAGGUUGGACUUGCUCAAGGAAAUUGCCCGACAUGGCGGGGAUGUCACGCGUCCGAAAAGCAACGGAACCACAGCUCUGCACGUUGCAGUAUCUGAAGACAACGUAGACCUUGUCAAAUACCUCUUGGACCAGGGCGCUGACAUUGAUAAACCCGACCUCCAUGGCUGGACCCCGAGAGCCCUAGCAGAACAACAAGGACACGAAGACAUAAAGACCCUUUUCCACUCUAGUAAAGAACCCAAAGUUGCCGUUACCAUUCCUGAACACAAGAGUGGAAUCCGGUUCCUUGGGAGGUUUACAAGCGAGCCAACUAUCCACCCUCCACCCACAGACAGCUCAUUUUCAGGAGCGGAGGGAGGAUCAUGGGUCAGAAAUCGCCCAAGGCGUAGGACUAAUAACUUCCACAACUCUCUGUUUGGCAUGAUGUCAGUUGCCCACAUAGGGGAGAAAGACUUGUUUCUCUCUGUUGCGGAGACGAAAAGUCCUAAGAGCUACGUAAGCAACGCUGCUGCGAGGGUGACAAUUAGUUGCCCUGAAAAGGGUGAAGUGAAAGGCAAACUUGUGGUGCUCCCACUGAGUUACGAGGAGUUGCUUGAGAUGGGGGCAAAGAAAUUCAGACUCUCACCGGCGAAAAUCGUGAGCAAAGAUGGAGCCGAAAUCGACAAUAUAGAUGUAAUUAGAGACGGUGAUCAUCUUGUUUUUGUAAGUGCUGGUGAAUCACAACAAACAAGAACCUAACAGCCAAAAUCCUUCAAGUAAUUAAAGAGGAUUUGGAACUAAAAUGUCGGUAUUACCACGGACUAAUCCAGAUUAAGAUAUGCUGGAUUAAGAGAUGUGGAUGAAAAUGAUGGACACGGCUAACCUCUUGCCGUCCUCUGUUGUCUCCA